CAUGCUUCUCGCCAGAUGACGUCUGAUACCACCGUGACCGCACGUCACAUACCGCAGGAAUUAUUCGCAACAAUCAUACGCCAUCUUAUACCUCCGGAACACCAGCUCUUCCGCAGCGGAAGACAUAAGAAACGGCUGAAGCGCGAACUUGGGCAGUGCUCCCUUGUCUGCCGUUACUGGGCGAUACACUGCCGUCCGGCCAUAUUCACGCACAUCGAGCUUCAGACUCCAGAGGAUGCUUAUCGCUUGCUCGAGCUUGCGAAGACGACCUCGCUGGGCAUCAGUGUCGGGAUGUACAUCUCAGACGUCACUAUUCGUGCAACGGUGUCUUCGCUUCCGUGGAUCCACCUCAUCACAAACACCACUCAGCCUCGCGACUUGUUCCCGAAUAUGAACAGUUACAGGGUUUACAUUCAGUCUCCUUUUAGUGGACCUCAAGAAAUGAAACCCUUCGCCCCCCGUUCCGCAUUUCACAGCCUUCCGCGCUCGCUCCCUUCCCCCUUAAAGCACCUCGUCUCUCUCGAGCUCAAGGACCUGCGCUUCGCUACAUUCGCAGACUUCAUCUCCUUUCUUGACUCGCUCAUUACCCCCGACCACGGCUCGCGUAAUGCUCCACUUUCUCUUCACCGCGUCACAUGGGCGGACCAUGACAAGCUGACGCCGUUAGAAAUACCAGUUGCUUUCCGCGGCGUGAGACGCCGCUGGAAAAAGUACUGCACAAACAUUGUUGCAGUUCGCUGCACAGCCGUAUGGCCGCUCAUUUGGCUUCAAGUUACUGCACAACGUCCAAGGCCGCCACCGACCAGAAUGCCACCAUUUGUCCACCCUGCGGAAACGUAUCGGCUUGUGGCGCUCGUGCAGAUAACUAUGGACGAAUGCGAAUGCACCGCUUGCGCUGAACAUAAGUCAGAGCGGGUGACUCUGGGAGAAGUGGAACCUGGCAAGGAUUUCCCUGAUUGCACGACGUUGAGAAUACGGAACACUGUUCACGACCUGAUCUUCUGCAUCUCGCUCGACGGCCAUGUCGUGAAUAUCUGCUUUCACCUGCGGGUCGCAUUCACCGCGAUAUGGCAAAGUGAUGAGCCCCCCGAGUCACUCAGACUCGACUGGACAGCCCUAGACCAGCGUGCAGCUGCUUUCAAUGGGAGCAUGCUCUCCGUCUGGAUACCUGACGGAAUAUACGAUGAGUAUGAGCCAUUUGUGCGUGCUCACAUGCCGAUGACCGAGUCGCACGGCCGGCUGAAGCUCGAAAGAGAGGUACCGGAAGCCUGACAAACUUGAUUAUUCCAAUGUAAAUUGCGCCGCGCAUGCUACAAAAUAUUAUCUGUUCAC